AUACAGACGCGGAUACGGAUACGGACAGGUGCGCGCCGAUCACGGCGAGGAAGAGAAUCGAGGAUGCCAUUGUUCAAGGCGCGGGCCACGCCGAGAUCGCCGGUAACGGAGAAGGCUGCGAACGGUGUGCAGUAUCGCAACCAUCAGCAUCAUCAUCAGCAUCAAGCCGGCAGUGACAAUGGUCAUGACAACGACACGAACGGUAACGGUACCGGUAGCCGGUCGGGGAACGGUGCUCCUCCUCUUCAACACGAGCUGACGAGACCGCCACCCCGGGACCCGCGGCCGUCGACGCUGGUCUUCCACUGCCAACUGGCCCACGGCAGUCCCACGGGACUGAUAUCGGACUUCAGCAACGUCCGGGAACUGUAUCAGAAAAUUGCCGAACGCUACGAUCUACCCGCGGAAGAGAUCCUCUUUUGCACGCUCAACACGCACAAAGUGGACAUGACGGAGCUAUUAGGUGGACAAAUCGGCGUGGGUGACUUCAUAUUCGCACAUAAAAAAGGCCAACCGAAAGAAAUCGAGUUGGUGAAAACGGAUGACGCGUUGGGCUUGACGAUCACUGACAACGGCGCCGGCUACGCUUUCAUAAAGCGUAUAAAGGAGGGUUCCGUGAUCGACAGGAUAAAGGUGAUCGAGGUGGGCGAUCACAUCGAGAGGAUCGACUCGACCAGCCUCGUCGGCAGGCGGCAUUUUGAGGUGGCGAAGAUGCUGAAGGAUAUACCGAAGGGCUCGACGUUCACGCUGAGGCUGGUGGAGCCGCAGAAGAACGGCUUCGGCAGCAUCGGGCCGCGUGGCGAUCUCAAGAAAGGGAAAAAGCCUGGCUACGGAUCCGGCAAGGAGACCCUGAGAUUCAAGGCUGACGGUAGCGCACAAAUCGUAGAGCAGAUUGACGAUGCUGCUGCGAUAGGCGUUGAGAAGAUUAACACUAUCUUGGAGAGUUUCAUGGGCAUUUCCGAUACGGAGUUAGCGACACAAAUCUGGGAACUUGCCGAGGGUAAAUGCAACAGUAUAGACUUCGCUGAAGCGAUAGACAAUUCCGACUUGGAGGACUUCGGUUUCACUGACGAUUUUGUGAUCGAAUUGUGGGGCGCUGUGACGGAUGCCAGAGCGGGCCGGCAUCGAUGA